GACGCGAUUGAGCAUUACGCGAAGUGCCCGGUGGUGAAGCGGCUUGCUGCGCAGUUCUUGCACCUCGAUCCGCACCUGUUCGUGAACCUCCAUUCUUUUCUUCUGGUAAAUCCUUUGGCCAACACCACGGAGAUGCUCACGACCAUCGCCCUUCUGGUCUAUGCGACGUACAG